UUUUCUUGUUGCCUAGUGUCAAGCCUCCUAGUUGCAGCAGCAUAUACCCACGGUCUGUGUCCCCCAAUGGAUCCUCCGAGAAAGAGAGAUUUUAAGGGUUGAGUGCUUACAAGAGGGGCAGCCAUGGAGAAAGGAGGCAAUAUUCAGCUGGAGAUUCCGGAGUACAGUAACUCUGUCCUGAGCCAUCUGAACCAGCUGCGGAUGCAGGGGCGUCUCUGUGAUAUUGUGGUCAAUGUACAAGGCCAGUCUUUUCGAGCACACAAAGUGGUCCUGGCAGCCAGCUCGCCCUACUUUCGAGACCACAUGUCCUUAAAUGAAAUGAGCGCAGUGUCAUUGUCCGUCAUCAAAAAUCCAGGGGUCUUUGAACAGCUGCUUUCUUUCUGCUAUACAGGCCGUAUAUGCUUGCAACUUGCAGACAUCAUAAGCUAUCUGACAGCUGCAAGUUUUUUGCAGAUGCAGCACAUUAUAGACAAGUGCACGCAGAUCCUCGAGGGAAUCCAUUUAAAAAUUAGUUCACCUGAAUCGGAGGAAGAGUUAAGCCAGAGUAGACCUAAACACCAAGAAAGAGUCCAGGAUUCCCACCGAGUCAGCCAGAGUUUGACUCGUUCUUUAAGCCCACGGCACAGCACUCCAAGACCCUCAGGGAAUCGGCGGGGUCAGGUAAGCACUGUACUGGACAUUAGAGAGUUGAGUCCAGCAGAGGAAUCCACAAGUCCUCAGAUGGUGGAGCAGGGAUCAGAUGUGGAGAGCAGGGAGCCCAUUCUUCGAAUCAACCGAGCUGGACAGUGGUACGUGGAAACAGGGUCAGCAGACCGAGGGGAACGGAGUGACGAUGAUGUCAGGGUGAUGGGGGCCCUUCGUAUCAAGACAGAGAACCUGGAUGAGUGGCUGGGUCCUGAGAACCAACCUUCUGGAGAAGAUGGAAGCAGUGCAGAAGAGGUGACUGCCAUGGUGAUUGAUACAACAGGGCACGGUCCCACGGGACAAGAAAGCUACAAUUUGGGGUCUUCUAACACCAAAGUGUCCAGGCCAACAAGCAGUGAGGUGGACAGAUUUAGCCCUUCUGGUAGCGUUGGCACCAUGCCGGAACGACACAGAGCAAAGAGUGAGUCUCCCCGGCGUUUGGAGGAACCAAAGCAACACAGCAACCAGGGAGAUGAAGGAGGAGUAAUUGGAGUGAGCGGUUAUGUAGAAUAUCUUCGCGAGCAAGAGGUGUCUGAGCGGUGGUUUCGCUACAACCCACGAUUGACCUGUAUUUACUGCGCCAAGUCUUUCAACCAGAAGGGCAGUCUGGACCGCCAUAUGAGGCUUCACAUGGGUAUCACUCCUUUUGUGUGUCGAAUGUGUGGUAAGAAGUACACCCGCAAGGAUCAGCUGGAGUAUCAUAUACGGAAGCAUACAGGCAACAAACCCUUCCAUUGCCAUGUGUGUGGGAAAAGCUUCCCCUUCCAGGCCAUCCUCAAUCAGCACUUUCGGAAGAACCACCCUGGCUGUAUUCCUCUAGAGGGUCCUCACAGCAUUUCCCCUGAGACCACCACAGUUGUCACUUCUAGAGGUCCAGCCGGGGAAGAGUCUCCACCUCAUGAAGAAGCUGGUGGAGUGGCACCUUCAGCAACAGCUGAGAUUGCCUAUGGCGGUGAUACGGCUCACGGCUCUGUGUCCACCACUGGACCAGAUUAAGAAAAAAAAAAUUUCUAUAUAUAUAUAUAAACAGGAGGACACAAGUAGACUAAUUUCCUCCCUUUUACCUCAGCAAAACUUCACAUUUUUAUCCUUCCCUCCUGCUCCUCUCUUUUUCCCAGUUGAGUUCUCAAGAGAUUGUCUCCUGGGGUAUUUGUAGAUUGGAGAAUUUUGGGAAGUUUGCAAAUUUCAUUGCCAAAUUCAGAGAAAUUGUAUUAGCUUCCUUUUGUGCUCCUUUCCUUUUAGACCUCAACAAAAAAAAAAAAAACAACUGUUACCAUUGUGUAACCAACAGCUAAGGAAAUGGGCUACUGUUUUUUUUACAUGAAAAGGCCCAUUAUUUUUUUCCAGUCCAGUCAGUGACUAUUGGAGAUCAUGCUGUACAUGUUGAAACAAAUGCAGCUCUCCAGGAGCAUUUCAAGGUGGUUUUGCACCUAUUCAUUGAAUUUUUUAUUUUUUUUUCUGAAUCACGCUUGGCAAACUGGUUGGUCCUGGCUUUCAAAGAAGUUUGAUGGUGCUGUUUUAGGAAUAUUAGUAAGGUGCUUAAAUAUACUUCUGUAGCAGAGUCAAAGACUACCGGUGCAUGUGAGAGAAGUGUGAAACGUUAGGGAACGCUCGGAAAAGUGAGUUUCGGAGGCAGUGAUGCAAUAAGUAAUCCUUGAGAGAGGUCUCUAUGGUGUUGGCGACCACUCUGAGCAGGGCUGGAUUUAUGCUUUAUGUACUCCCCAUCUAAUAGUCACAGAGACUUUGCUAGUCAUUACACACAACAGAUUUGUAUUUAGGAAAGGAGGCCAACAAAUCAGU